AUGGUCUCUCCACCCAUUCCUUCAAACGCCCCUCAACCAGGGGACGUGAAGUUUAAUUGGGUCGUCGACGGUCGGCGGCCCCGCGCAUCGCGAAUACUCAAUGAUGAGUUGGAUCGGUACAAGAAUCAGAUAUAUGACAUGUAUAUCACGGCAAACAUGACUCGCAGCGAGGUAAUACGGAUCUUGGCGGAAGUCGACGCACUUGUGGUAUCGCCAGAUCAAUUCUCGAAGGCUACGAAGCGAUGGGGGUUCCAAAAGCACAAUCGUCGCCAUGAUGCACCGAAUCCUGCCACGCUUAUCUCAAUCCCAGCUGGGAAUACCGACGACAGACAGGACCAGCAUUCGCAGUCCGAUGACUCCGCGACGCCUGCAUCGACAGUGUCCUCUGUCGAAGUGGCCAAAAGGCCGCGAUCAGUGAAUAGCUGGUCGAGUCUCGCCGAUAGCAACCACCAGCCGCGACAUUCCCAGUCGAUAUACAGGCCACCAAAACGACCCAAAUGUACAAGCGACCCCGACACCGCGACAGAAGAAAAUCUCAGCACCCAAGUGGAUAUCACAGCGGUGGCCAUUGGCGACACUGAUGCGAUAGACAAUCCGCAACUGGAACAGAAUGGAGACUCACAAUCGCCAUCUCAACCUCCUCCGGCCGACUCUGUUGACUCUCCGCAAAAUUCCAUGAGCGAUCUGGACUCGACGUCGUCGACAGCACCACUGGUCGAGGAUGAAGUAUUGGCAGCGGAGUUCUUGGCCUGUUGCUACAUGUUCAACAGGGCAUUUCGCCACUACAGAAAGGCAUUCACUCAUUUGGAAGACAAACCAUUCUCAAGCAAAGAGAAACGAUCGAGAAUCCUAGACUUGGCAAGGACUGCAAAGUCAUCAGCUAAUCGCGAGACGGCAUGUGGCAUCUUGGAAUCUGAGCUGGAGGCUGGCUAUGACCCUUUGAGCACUGCCAACAACGACACUGCGGUCUCGCCCUCUCGAGAAUCCAUCAUGCCGGAACGAUCCUUCUUAAUUCAUCGGCAUCUGGCCAAACUGUACUCGCAUCGUCGAGGACAGACUGAUCAAGUUCAACAACACCUUGACAAAGCCCGGAACUUUACCAAUUCUGACACCCCACUCGACCUCUGGACUCUGUGUCAUCUCUCGGAGGGUACGUCUAAUGGCCACAUUCCGGACAAACUCCUCAGCUUGCUCAAAUACGACGACGGAACAUUCGCUUUGGUCAUCAAACCGUGUCUACGAUGGUGCAGAAAGCAAUUACAGCCAUUUCAGAACCAUCAACCCUGUCAAGGUGCCCAAAUAGCACGAAUGAGCCCUACUGCUCUAAGUCAGUUGGUUGAGAAAUUCAACAGUCUGGCUUUAUGGGCGGACACCAGCUUCCUCUUUGCCUACCUCUGGAAAGACCUCCAGCUCUCUCCGCCUCCAGGCUAUGAUCAACUCACCUGGCUUGAUGCUGACUUGCUCCCGGGCAUAUCAACGACACAUUUUCUGAUGAUCAUUUGUAGGAUGAUUGUGGAUGAAACUCGCGUAUUUUUUAAGUUCAAGGCCGCCAACUUGGAUGCGAAGACUCCAGCUGCGUCAGGCAUCCCUGGGGACUGUACCUAUGCUAGCAUUCCGCAAUACCAGAUGGCAAUCGACUCGCUGAUAUCUGACGGGGAGACAUCAGCAAAGGAAGUCAAACGGCGAUUCGUGAAUUCCUUUUACAGACAUCAUUCAUGGACGCCACCCAUCCGACAGGAAAGGGAACUCGUUUUGCAACUGCAAUCCAAUCACGUCAAGUGCCUGAACUCGACAAUGAAGGCCAGGCAGACCCUACGUUCGCCAACCCCCACACAUCUGGCUCGGGAAAUACCCGAAGUACAAGAUGUAGCAAACGAAAAGCCUAAACAUGUCUCGUUGAAUGAGUUUGUCGACAUACAAGCCCUCGACGAAAUGAUGGAGACGGCAUCGCUAAACGACUCGGGUAGCCACAUGAGUGUACAGACAGACAGACCCUCAAGGGCUUCUUCGUGUAUCACAAUGAGUUCCACGGCAUCUCUCAACUUACGCCAUUUGUACAUAGGCGCUGUCCAAGGGAACCCGGCGAUUUCCCGAACCUUGGUAUCGGUAUCACGGCUCUCACACUCAUCCCUGGAGUCUCGUUCCAGCUCGCUUCGAAGAUUCAUCGCAGCCGGCAGAAGCGUAAAAUCGCAGCUGGGAGGUUCGAAACCUCCAUCUUUGAACAAUAGGAACUCGUCGUCUGCAGGGCUGGAUAUGUGGUCAGACUGGGAUGGAGACCCUGGCAUGUUAAGCGUGAGCAGACAGGGUAGUGUAAGUGGCACAGAGUUCAGCAUGGCCGACAUAAUUGAGGAUCAGCGCGAACUACGGCCGGAGCUACGUAACAGUAGCGAGGGAAGAUUUUUGACUCCGGGAAGCAUCAAUGAUCAGACCGAGGAUGAGACAUUUCGAAGACGAUUUGUGCAUCUCUGGAGGGGAAGGGAAUAG